AUUUCUUCUUUUGACUCUCUUUCAGCUUUUAUUGGUUCUGAACUGCGCGUGAUUUAGUCUGUUCUGAAUUCCACAGAGUUAUUUCUUUCUUGAAGACAUUUUGACAUAUUUGCUGCACUGGAAUUGGUGGAUUGAUCUGAAAGUGGUAUUAGAUGGGAUCUGAGGGGCCACCAGCCAUAACAAUCCACAUUACGGGAUUUCGAAAAUUUCAUGGGGUAGCAGAAAAUCCAACAGAAACGAUUGUGAGUAACCUUGAAGAAUAUUUGAAGAAAAGGGGAAUGCCCAAAGGGUUCAUUCUUGGGAGUUGCACUAUUCUUGACACUGCAGGCCAGGGAGCAUUAGCUCCUCUGUAUGAAACAUUGCGAUCUGGUCUAAGCAACAAUACUUCUGAUCCAUCAAAUUCAAGAAUUAUCUGGGUACACUUUGGAGUUAAUAGUGGUGCUACAAGGUUUGCCAUAGAACAACAAGCAGUUAAUGAGGCUACUUUCCGCUGCCCGGAUGAAAUGGGAUGGAAACCACAUAAAGUUCCAAUAGUUCCCAGUGAUGGUGCAAUUUCACACAUAAGAAAGGCCAAGGGAGUGUACAUAUAAGGUUUAUAGCUACAGAUGCUGUGAACUCAUGCCCCCAUCCCCAGAAAUGUUGGAACAAAAUGCUCAAUAUUGUUGUGUUUAUUUAACAAAUAUGUAGACUUCUCUUCCGGUUGAGGAGAUCAGCAAAGGCUUAGCAAAGAUGGGUUACGAAGUGAUGAGCUCCGAUGAUGCAGGCCGCUUUGUUUGCAACUAUGUGUACUAUCACUCGUUGCGGUUUGCGGAGCAGAACGGAAUAAAAUCCCUAUUUGUACACUUCCCUCUCUUCCUAACUAUAGACGAGGAGACCCAAAUGCAAUUUGCUGCUUCGUUAUUAGAGGCAAUUGCUUCUGUAUGCUAGGUCUUCUUUCUGCAUGGGAUUCUUCUUGAAUCCUAGUUUUAGGCUUCCUGUGCUCUUUUGGUUGGUUGAUGUAUCUUCUGUAAUAAAUAAGUCUCAAAUCGAUCACAAGUACAUUGUUUUAUCAAUCGUGGUAUUUGUUAUAUGUACCUGAAAGCUGUUUACCUCUGGUUUCUAAGUUGGGGUUUUUACCUUUUUAGUUUAUUUCCUCUGUUUUCACUGUCUAUUACGGAGUACAUCUUUUAAUCUUUAGGCUAUUUGCAAUCCUGAGUUGAAUUAUAUCGUGGUUAAUUAACUCUUAAUUUAUGUCAAAAUAAUUU